CUUCACAGUGUUACGUCACAGCGCGAGGCGGUUACGUCAUCUCGGUGACCGGGAGACCCGGUGAUGUCACAUUAAGCAGGGAAACCUCACGUGCCUCCGGUGCGCCCCGCAAAAACGAGUCUUAACGAUCCUCCGCCGACACCGAGCGUCUUCUGCCGCGGCGCGUCCGUCGGGCUUCUUAAAGGCGCAGCGACACCUGCGUCCUCCUCGCGUCACAUCGAGGUUCCCCUCACAUCUCGUGAACCGACACCGACUCCAGCGCCAGAGCAGAACGCGGGGAAACACUCGACGUUUAACGGCGUGCGGCGAAUGAACGCGAGCGGACGGACGGUGACCGUGUUCGAGGUGUUGCGGGUUUUUCCUCGUCGCGUUCGGGUGGAGUCGAGCCAUACUCUGAAGUCUGAGCCUUGACACACUUCAGGUGGGUGUUGACUUCAGCAGCAGGACUCAUGAAGGACGGAAUGGCUAAUAACAGCACCGCCAGCAUCUCUCAGGCCCGGAAAGCCGUGGAGCAGCUGAAGAUGGAGGCCUGCAUGGACAGGAUAAAGGUGUCCAAGGCCGCGGCGGAUCUGAUGGCGUACUGUGACGCUCAUAUACGAGAGGACCCGCUCAUCGUGCCUGUCCCGGCCUCAGAAAACCCGUUCCGGGAGAAGAAGUUCUUCUGCACCAUCCUCUGAGGCCGGGCCGGGCUGCAGGUUCUGCCGUGAGGUUUCCACGUCCCUGGCUGCUGCCGCUGAGCUGUGUUUGAGUGGCAGCCGCGCAUCUGUUGAUGGUCCGAUCCCUCCCGGACGCCUGUGGGGGGUUUUUGGGGUGGGAGUCAAUUAACUGGCAACCCAGUCAGAGCGUCUCAUGUCUCGUUAAAUAGGUUUGUCAUUGCUUCGUAUUUAGAGAACAGCCUUUCUCACUGCUUAUGGGAUGAGAGAUUUGUGUGUUUUCGUUUCGUUUUGACUCAUUUCUCGUGCCACAGAGGAUGUGAAACCCCGAGAGGUGGCUGUUUUGCAAUGUAUUUAGACAUUUUUAUAAACUUACGCUAUAUUUGAUAUGCAUCACUGGUCAAAUGUUUGGACACACUUGAGCGAGGCUUCAAAAAAACAUGCAUUAGUAAUUUAAAUUCGUUUUUUUAUUUUUUUAUUUAAAUUGAGGACAAAAACAACAGAACUCAAUAUAACAGUCGUUACCUAUGCAUCCAUACAUGAAUGAUAUCGAUGGAAAUGUAUGUUAAAUCAUACAGUGGUCAUGAAGUUGUAAACAAUCCAUUUUUCUUGCUAUUGCAAAUAAUUAUCCAUCUAUAGAUUUCAUAAAAAAAAUCAUUCUCUCCAUGUUUUAAAUUAGUUUUGUUGAC